AUGGAUAUCAUCGAUCCUGCAGUUUAAAAGUACCAAAAUCUUUUAUUGUCCUUAGGAAGUGGAGGCCUGCAGACACUAUAAGUUAUAUAUAGAAAAAGUACAAAAUAGAAAUAUUAGAAAUUCAUUGAUUCAAUUACUAAGCAAAUGAAAACAGGUAAUUAAUAGCUGCAUAUAGAAGAAGUAUAUACAACAAACAAUGUACAAGAGACUAUUAUAUCAGUGAAUCUCGUAAGUCUAUAUAGAAAUUUCAUGAUUGAACUUAAAAAAGCAAAUGUUAACAAUUCUGGAAAUGAGGAACAAAAAGAAGAGAAGAAAAAUAUUAAUGCUAAAAAGAUUCCUUAAAAAUAAAAAGUAAAAGAGUAGAAUGAACUAAAAAAUCAAGUCAAUAUAAAAGAUUAAAAGAUAAGAUUCUAGGCAGAGGAGGAAAAACAAAUACCUCGAUAGAAUGUAGAGAAUGUUGCUAAUUAGUUGCCAAGCCCUUAAAAAAACUCUAAUAGAAUUAAUGAACUUAAAAAUGAACUUAAUCAAUAAGAUAAUGCUUAACUUAACGGAAAUCACUUUUUUUAAGAUCAGAAGAGUUAUCUAGACCAAUUUUUCAUAGAAAAUUACAACUUUGACUCACUAUAUUAAUGGGAAAAUAAAAUUGAACCUUGCCUAAAGUGCUCAAAUAAUUUGUAAAAGGUAGAAGAACUUUAAGAAGAAAUUUAAGUAAUGAGGUACAAAGAAUUAGAAAAUGCUGAGAUUAUCAAUAAAAAAGAUCAACUUAAUUUAGAACUAUAGAAAUAAUUGGAGGAUUUGUAAAUAAGAUUGAGAGAAUUGGAAGAAAGAGAAUUAGAGGAUCAAAUCCUACCAAGCAUACGCUAAGGAUUAGAUAAAUAACCUAGGUAAAGAUAGGAUUAAAUAUAUUAGCAAUAAUCUGCAAUGAAAGUAGCUAAGAUUGCCUAAUAACAGAAAGUCUAUCAAAAAGAUAGCUAAUCUGAGAACGACCUAGAAAGUUAAAAUAGUGAUUGGGAUUUUAAAAUGCCCAAAGUAGAUCCUAAGCUAGAUCUUGUUAGUGGAAAGUACGGAAAAUAGGAUAUUUAUAAGAAGACUCCCUAAGAUUAGUUUCUGACUGAUGAUUAUGAUGUUACAAGAAAUUUGUAACCCAGAUUAGCCAACAUUGUUUCAUCUUACAAAAAAUAGCUUUCAAGAUAUAUUUGCAGAAACAAAAAGCAAGUCUAGAUGGUUAAGGAUUGUUUAAAAGAAUUUAAAAUGCAAAAUCAAGAAAGUGGAAAGCUCAUUAAAAAAGAUACUAGGCAAGCUAAUAUAAUUGAUGGUCAAUAUAGAGGUUAAUUUACUAUAUUUACCUUCACAAAUAAGUGA